GCUCCCAGAUGCUUCUAUGCAGUGUGACUAUUGUGUAAGGACCAAUGGCCGGGGAAUGGACAGCCCUAUAUAAGUUCUAACAGCUCCAUAACUUGCACAAGUGGAGGAGACUGGUCUUUGCCUGUAGUUAUGGGCAGCCGGGACCCUUUAAGGAGAGCUGAGCAGUGAGAGGCCCAAGCUGCUAGACAUGUACACGUUGAUGGGAGGAGGUCUGCUCUGCGCAGUCUGUGGCUUGGUUCUGCUCAUUGUGGCCACUGCGACCGACUUCUGGAUGCAAUACCGUUACUCUGGCAACUUGAGUAACCAAGGACUGUGGAGGUUCUGUGUGGCAGGGAGAUGCCAUAGCCACACCAUCACUGUAGCUUUCUGGGACGCCACUCGGGCUUUCAUGCUGAUCUCCAUACUCUCCAGCUUUGCCGGCAUCAUUUUAGGGCUCACGGCCUUCUCCAGUGGCGCCAGGACUGCGAGGACUCGUUCUGCCGGGGCAACAUUGUUACUUGCAGGGUUCUUCGCUCUUUUGGCCCUGGCAGUUUAUACUGGUGUGACCCUAAAUUUCUUUGGAAAACGAUAUACUGACUGGAGGUUUUCCUGGUCAUACGUCUUGGGUUGGAUUGGAGUUAUACUCACCGUAUCUGCAGGUAUUUGCCAUAUCUGUGCCUACGUGAGGGGCACCCCCCAAGAUGCACCAAAUGUAUCUGCUGGAUAAUCAUCAGUACAUGUACCCCAUUGCCCCCCACUGGAUUUCCCCUCUAACUGCCCUUGUCGUCGGAUGUCCCCUCUAAUUGCCCCCACCACUGGAUGUCCCCUCUAAUUGCCCCCACCACUGGAUGUCUCCUCUAAUUGCCCCCGCCACUGGAUGUCCCCUCUAAUUGCCCCCGCCACUGGAUGUCUCCUCUAACUGCCCCUGUCACUGGAUACACCUAAUAAUUGCCCCUGUCACUGGAUGACUCCUCUAAUUGCCUACACCACUGGAUGUCUCCUCUAACUGCCCCUGUCACUGGAUACACCCUCUAAUUGCCCCUGCCACUAGAUGUCUCCUCUAAUUGCCCCUGCCACUGGAUGUCUCCUCUAACUGCCCAUGUCACUGGAUACACCUCCUAAUUGCCCCAGUCACUGGAUACACCUCCUAAUUGUCCCUGUCACUGGAUGUCUCCUCUAAUUGCCCCCACCACUGGAUGUCUCCUCUAACUGCCCCUGUCACUGGAUACACUUUCUAAUUGCCCCUGUCACUGGAUGUCUCCUCUAACUGCCCUUGUCACUGGAUGUCUCCUCUAACUGCCCCUGUCACUGGAUGCACCUCCUAAUUGCCCCUGUCACUGGAUGUCUCCUCUAACUGCCCUUGUCACUGGAUGUCUCCUCUAACUGCCCCUGUCACUGGAUGCACCUCCUAAUUGCCCCUUUCACUGGAUACACCUCCUAAUUGCCCCUGUCACUGGAUACACCUCCUAAUUGCCCCUGUCACUGGAUGUCUCUUCUAAUUGCCCCUGUCACUGGAUACACCCUCUAAUUGCCCCUGUCACUGGAUACACCUCCUAAUUGCCCCUGUCACUGGAUAUACCUCCUUAUUGCCCCUGUCACUGGAUACAUCUCCUAACUGCCCCUGUCACUGGAUACACCUCCUAACUGCCCCUGUCACUGGAUACACCUCCUAAUUGCCCCUGUCACUGGAUGUCUCUUCUAAUUGCCCCUGUCACUGGAUGUCCAUAACCUUUCCUUUCUCUAGUUCCUCUACUUGCCCCGCCACUAAUCUUGUAAGAUCUGUCCCUACCCUACUGGUCCUUCUUCUUCUUUUAGUGGAUGAGUGGUGGGGCCACAGGGAGUCCCCCAGUGAUGGGCAGUGAGGGCCACGUGCAAAGCUUCUCUUGUGUCUGAAUCUGAUUGGUUUGUCACCCCUCCGGCCACACCCAUUGGACUAUUCAGCACCUUCGCCUUUGCUUUUAAUCCACCAAUAAAACUCUGUAAAGUUCUAACUAGUUAUUUCUCUGGAAACCUUUGUGCAAAUAAAUGACAAUUAUGUGGA